AAGGCACAGUUUGGCGUAUUGUUGUGACGCGAACUUGCUCGCUGGGUUUUAAAUUUACCCGACGUUAGCUGCGGUCUACAAAACCACCUGUCUGUGUUUUGUUUAUUUAAUUUGCUCUUUUGUAAAGCAGAGGCUGUAAGAAUGCCGCCUAAAAAACGCCACUCUGGGAUGACACAAAACAAGGAGCCGAAGCCCAGCGCUGACAGCGCUUCUUCUCCAGACAAGCAGGAUAGCCCAGAGUUAUCUGAGAAAAAACACAGAGAAAAGCACGCUGAGUUUGUGAGUCUGUGUAAGAGCCUUCAUGUUUCAGACCUGGUGUGUGACCGAGCCUGGACCCUGUGGGAAUCUGUUCUGGAAUCCAUGGAUAAAGUCCCUGGCAGUCAGCAAAGACUUUGGGGAGCUUGUCUGUUUGUGAUCGUAACAGACAUGGAUGUUGGUAGCUUUACUGUAACUCAAGUUUUGAAAGCUGUCAGUCUGAAUUUGAAGCAGUUUUUGGCUCUGGUGAGACAACUGGAUGUUAACCUGGAUACAAUAAGCAUGAAGGUCAACUCGGCGCUGACGCGACUGGAGAAGAAGUACGACGUAAUGCUGGCUCUUUACCAAAGAUUUGAGAAAACGUGCAAGAAUAUCUUUGUUCUGACAUCGGAUGGCAAGGAGAGAGAGACCAUGCGGACCUGCUGGACAAUGUUUCUUUUGGCAAAAGGAAGAGCUUUGCAGAUGGAGGAUGACCUGGUCAUAUCCUUCCAGUUGCUGCUUUGUACGCUGGAGCUGUUUAUCAAGCGCUGCUCUUCAGACCAGUUACAGCCUUUAUAUCAAUCGGCCAUUAGCAAGGUCCUGAGCCCACCGACACGAACAUCUCGCCGCAGUCAGAGCAAAGCCAAGUCCAGACCUUCAGAACCAGAGGUUGAUGUGCAGCUUCUUGAAACCUUGUGCAAAGACAACGAAUGCAAUUUCGAAGAGGUGAAGAACGUGUACCAGACCAGCUUCUUGGCUUUUCUGGACUCGAUGGAUCUUUCGAGAUCCACCGACUUUCCUCAGGUGAAUGAUGUCAACCAGCAGUAUGAAGAGCACUACCUCAAGAGCAGAGACAUCGAUGGGCGUCUGUUUUUCGACGGGGAUGAGAGCGUUCUUCCUCCUAAAAUCGAGAUAUCACAGGUGGAGAGAACUCCAAAGAAGAACCAGCCAGAGGAAGACGGGCCGACGAUCCCUCCUCAGACUCCGAUCAGAGCUGCCAUGACAUCUAUUCGGAUGCUCAGAGGAGACCUUCCCUCCAACGGGGAUCAACCUUCUACUACACUGGCCACAUAUUUCAAAAAUUGCACUGUGGACCCGACGCAGGAUGUACAGAAACGUUUAGAGACACUUGGUCAGGCGUUUAGCCAGAAGUUUGGCGAGGCGGUGGGGCCUCACUGUGUCGUGUACGGCAGGCAGAGAUUUGCCCUUGGCGUCAGAUUAUACUACAAAGUAAUGGAGGCUAUGCUGAAAUCGGAAGAGAAGCGUCUCUCUGUGCAAAAUUUCAGUAAACUCCUCAAUGACUCCACAUUUCACACAUCACUCCUGGCCUGUUCUUUGGAGGUCGUCAUGGCAACAUAUGAAGAGAGCAGUUUCAAGAACGGAGGAAGCGACCAAACUGGAACGAACUUGUGCUUCCCCUGGAUCCUGAACGUCCUCAACCUCUCCGCCUUUGACUUCUACAAAGUGAUCGAGAGCUUCAUCAAGGCUGAGCCGACGCUGAGCAAAGACAUCAUCAAACAUCUGGAGACCUGCGAGAACCUCAUCAUGGAGAGGAUCGCGUGGCGGACGGGCUCUCCGCUGUUUGAGCUUCUGAAUCAGGAGCAUGCGAGCGCAGCAGCGGAGCCGGUGGAGACUCCAGCCAGUUUCAGCCAGCCGCUGCAGCACAGCCACACCGCCGCUGACCUAUAUCUCACACCAACACGCCCAGGCUCGCGGGUCUUGCCUCCUGAUUCCCCGACCACGCCUCCCCGGCAGCCCGCCGCUUCUCAGUCCACCUCCCAGGCGCCCUGCCAAGCUCCGAGGCAGCCAAAGUCGAACUCCCUCAGUCUGUUCUAUAAAAAAUUGUACCGCCUGGCCUAUACAAGGCUAAAGACUCUCUGCUCAUAUCUGCUGUCCUCUCACCCUGAGCUGGAGCCCAUAAUAUGGACCCUGUUUCAGUACACCCUGCAGCACGAGUAUGAGCUGAUGAGAGACCGCCACCUGGACCAGCUGAUGAUGUCGGCCAUGUACGCCAUAUGCAAAGUGAAGAGUGUCGACCUGCGCUUCAAGUCCAUCGUCUCGGCCUACAAGAACAUGACUAACACCAACCAGGAGACCUUCAAGAACGUGCUGAUCGCCGAGGGCCACUACGACUCCAUCAUUGUCUUCUACAACCAAGUGUUCAUGCAGAAGUUGAAAACGAAUAUCCUGCAACACGCGUCCACCAGGCCGCCUCCCCUUUCUCCAAUACCUCAAAUCCCUCGCAGCCCAUACAAGUUACCCAACUCUCCUCUGCGUGUGCCUGGGAGCAACAACGUCUACAUCUCCCCUCUGAGAAACUCCCGCAUGUCCCCGGGUAUCAUGACUCCUCGCUCCAGAAUGUUGGUGUCCAUUGGUGAAUCAUUUGGACUGGGCAAUCGCUUCCAGAAGAUCAACCAGAUGGUCAACAGCAGCGAACGCUCCCACAAGAGAGCGAUGGACCAAAGCGCCGCCAUCAAGCCUCUGAAGAAGCUGCGCUUUGACAUGGACGGGCAGGACGAAGCAGACGGCAGCAAACCUGGAGGGGAUUCGACCCUGAUACAGAAACUUACAGAGAUGAGCUCCACUUGGAGUCGCAUGCAUGAGCAGAAGAUGAAGGAGGAGCCCGAAACGAGGGAUGAGCCACAGUAAAGCCUGCCAGGCCCACCUGCACUGUUUGUCACUAACACUUCUGUUAGUUCACACAUUAAGUGGAACAUGCAGUUGCUCUGUACAUUUAAUAAUGUGUUUUAGUUUUUAUUUAACUUUGAGGAUGCAGAAGACUUCCUUUGCGCUUUGUGUUUAGGCUUUAAGUAAUUUUUAUUACAGGAUUUUUAUUGUUGCUCUUUUGGAUUUUGAUAUUUCCAAAGAACACUUUUUUAGUUUUAGGAGUGUUGUUGGUUAUUUGCCGUUGAGGAAGUCAUUGUUUCCCCUCAUGGAUCUUCAGUAUAUCAACACAACAUGAUGCUUUUUUUUUAAUAGCAAAAGCCUUAAUUAUGAUUCAACAUUUCUAGUGUUAAAUCAUGGCUAUUGUCUGCACAGUAGGAGUAAAUGUUUUGGCUGUGCUUAUUUUUUUUUUUUUUUUUUUUUUUUUUUUUCCCAAUCAAAUCCUAACAUGAGAAAACUGGACACAGCAGGGGGCGGGGGGUUCACAUGGCCAAUAUGGAUCACUGGCCGGGGUGGUUUUCUGUCACGGUGUAGCACAAACACAGAAAUAAAAAAAAAAAAGGAUAAUUUUGAUCUAAAGUUUUGCACCAAACAAGUUUCUACAUUCAGAUUUUCUAAGACACUGGUUUUUGAUUUUUUUGGCAUUCAUGUCUUUCACAACAGGAAGUCAGCCAUGAUGAACAAAGGACACAAAAUAUUUAUUUGUGGCCUGAAAUGUAAAAUUUUCUAAUGAUGUUUUUUUUUUUUUUUUUUAAAUUCUUAGAACAAUACAGAUCAAAUGCAAAAAUCUCCAAUAUGAUUUAAACUCUUGUAUUAGUCUUUACACUUGUAAUUUUUGGAAAUAGAAGUAAAAGCUCCAGAAAAGGUGAGAAGUUCAUCACUGAUCAUGUGUAGCGAGAGCAUAGAGCAGAAUGUUGUGUAAAGAUAAAUGUGUUUAUAGUUUAAUCUAUUUAGUAGAUUCCAGAAAACCAAACGGAAGAAAACAACC